AACAAUACUGUUCCAAACAAAACAAAAACAACCGGGACCAUGUUGUUUCAUACACACAACAACAUCGUCAUCAUGUUUAUCAUGAUCUUCACCAUAAACACAAUCUUAGUCACAUCAUCACCUCUGGUUCUCCGACCUGGAUAUUACUCAAAAACAUGUCCAAAAGCUGAAAUUAUUGUCAGAGAUGUCAUGAAAAAAGCACUUGUUAAAGAACCCAGAAGUCUUGCCUCUGUUAUGCGCUUUCAAUUUCAUGAUUGCUUUGUUAAUGGGUGUGAUGCUUCUAUGUUGCUUGAUGAUACACCAACGAUGCUUGGAGAGAAAUUGGCCCUUUCUAAUAUAAAUUCUCUGAGAUCAUUUGAGGUUGUUGACAGGGUUAAAGAGGCUCUUGAGAAAGCUUGUCCUGGAGUUGUUUCUUAUGCUGAUAUCAUAAUCAUGGCUUCUAGAGAUGCUGUGGCACUGACAGGAGGACCUGAUUGGGAAGUGAAGUUAGGAAGAUUGGACAGUUUAACAGCAAGUCAAGAAGACUCAAACAAUAUCAUGCCAAGUCCAAGUGGCCUACAAAAUACUGCACCAAGCAAAUGUCAAGUAUCAUACCAUUAA